AUGUGCAUGGAAAAACAUGCGCCGGUGAUGUGCAUGCCUCAGAAAGCGAGGAUUCAGACGAAUUAUUUGGCUUUUGAAAAUCCUGGAAUUGGUCGAUUUCUCUUGGUGUUACCACUUGAAGGAAUCUUCUUCAUGCUUAUUAUUCUGUUCAUCGACUUCAACGCUAUUCGGUCGUUGCGAAGUUCCAUUAGAUCAGUGUACGUCGAUCCGUUUGACAGCAGUCAUCCAAACGGCGAUACGGAAGAUUCCGACGUGAUGGCGGAAAAACGACCAGUACUCAACGACGAAGUGAACGAAGACGUGGUUGUAGUGAAGGAUCUUACGAAAAUAUUUAAAGUUCCAGGUAGAGAAUUUCUCCUUGCUGUGUUUGUAGAUGUGUUGAAAAAUAUCCUUCUUUUAUCAGCCGAAACCAUGUCAAAAAAAAUUUCGUUUUUUAACACAAUAUUUUGGAAAGUUACAAAAGAUGGCCGCGAUGAGUUCAUUGUGCUUGAUUGA